UUCAUUCUUUUAUGCUGCUGAGGACUUGAGGUUCGAAAUUUUGUCGGAGGAUGUUGCGAGCAGAACCGUUACCGUGACCAUACUUGGGACCUUAAUUUCAAAAAGCUACAAAAUGGUCACUGCAACAUUCACCGUCGCUCCUAGGGAGGAAGACAUUACAAAAAGCUGCCUGGAGUACACCUUCGAGUUCGACGACAUUAACAAUUACAUCGGAAAAACAGUGAUCGUCGAAUCUCUACUCACGUACAUCUUAAUAAGCGAUGGCAAUAAUAUUAAAGGUGAUAAUUUUAAGUACAACUCCUUCGACGCUGGGUAUCCGGCGGAAGAAUGCUUUAAACGUUACGUCAACGAAUUUAGCGAUGAUGAUGACGUGCGCAUGGAGAACGCGAAAAAGCAGAAAAGGAUAUUUACGGUGAGUUUCAGGAACGCUCCUAACUUGGCGGACGAUAUGUACGAUGAUGAUGAAAGUAUUUUCGAUGAUGGAAAGGCGAGGGGGAGUGGAGGUGAGACCUUUGUGGAGACGGUUGUUGCGCUCGAUCCAAAUACUGUAUAUAGUGGCCUGAGCAGCAAGUCGUCGGAGGAUAAGAGGACUCGUUGUGUCUCCAGCAUCGAGCCAGGCAAUGAGAGCUGUCCAGGUGUGGAAGUAGAACGGCCUGUAGCCGAGGCGUAUGGUGAUCUCCUUCCAUAUCUGUUCGCUGAAAGAGCAUCUUAG